GGCGGGGGUGGGCAGGGGGCGUGAGGCCGCCCCCUGCGGCCCGGGGGCCCCUCGAAAACGCGCUCCAGGUGCCCGGUCCCUCCGCUGCUCCCUGCCGCCGUCCUCCCGGGGGUCUCGGGCGGCCGCGGCCGUGUCCUUCGCGUCCCGGCGGCGCGGCGGGAGGGGCCGGCGUGACGCAGCGGUUGCUACGGGCCGCCCUUAUAAAUAACCGGGCUCAGGAGAAACUUUAGCGAGUCAGAGCCGCGCACGGGACUGGGAAGGGGACCCACCCUAGGGUCCAGCCACCAGCCCCCGCACUAAUAGCGGCCACCCCGGCAGCGGCGGCAGCAGCAGCGACGCAGCGGCGACAGCUCAGAGCAGGGAGGCCGCGCCACCUGCGGGCCGGCCGGAGCGGGCAGCCCCAGGCCCCCUCCCCGGGCACCCGCGUUCAUGCAACGCCUGGUGGCCUGGGACCCAGCAUGUCUCCCCCUGCCGCCGCCGCCGCCUGCCUUUAAAUCCAUGGAAGUGGCCAACUUCUACUACGAGGCGGACUGCUUGGCUGCUGCGUACGGCGGCAAGGCGGCCCCCGCGGCGCCCCCCGCGGCCAGACCCGGGCCGCGCCCCCCCGCCGGCGAGCUGGGCAGCAUCGGCGACCACGAGCGCGCCAUCGACUUCAGCCCGUACCUGGAGCCGCUGGGCGCGCCGCAGGCCCCGGCGCCCGCCACGGCCACGGACACCUUCGAGGCGGCUCCGCCCGCGCCCGCCCCCGCGCCCGCCUCCUCCGGGCAGCACCACGACUUCCUCUCCGACCUCUUCUCCGACGACUACGGGGGCAAGAACUGCAAGAAGCCGGCCGAGUACGGCUACGUGAGCCUGGGGCGCCUGGGGGCCGCCAAGGGCGCGCUGCACCCCGGCUGCUUCGCGCCCCUGCACCCACCGCCCCCGCUGCCGCCGCCGCCCGCCGAGCUCAAGGCGGAGCCGGGCUUCGAGCCCGCGGACUGCAAGCGGAAGGAGGAGGCCGGGGCGCCGGGCGGCGGCGCAGGCAUGGCGGCGGGCUUCCCGUACGCGCUGCGCGCUUACCUCGGCUACCAGGCGGUGCCGAGCGGCAGCAGCGGGAGCCUCUCCACGUCCUCGUCGUCCAGUCCGCCCGGCACGCCGAGCCCCGCUGACGCCAAGGCGCCCCAGACCGCCUGCUACGCGGGGGCCGCGCCGGCGCCCUCGCAGGUCAAGAGCAAGGCCAAGAAGACCGUGGACAAGCACAGCGACGAGUACAAGAUCCGGCGCGAGCGCAACAACAUCGCGGUGCGCAAGAGCCGCGACAAGGCCAAGAUGCGCAACCUGGAGACGCAGCACAAGGUCCUGGAGCUCACGGCCGAGAACGAGCGGCUGCAGAAGAAGGUGGAGCAGCUGUCGCGCGAGCUCAGCACCCUGCGGAACUUGUUCAAGCAGCUGCCCGAGCCCCUGCUCGCCUCCUCCGGCCACUGCUAGCGCGGCCCCCGCGCGCGUCCCCCUGCCGGCCGGGGCCGAGACUCCGGGGAGCGCCCGCGCCCUCGCCCCCGCCCCCGGCGGCGCCGGCAAAACUUUGGCACUGGGGCACUUGGCAGCGCGGGGAGCCCGUCGGCGCCGGCGGGCGGGCCGGUUUCGAAGUUGAUGCAAUCGGUUUAAACAUGGCUGAACGCGUGUGUACACGGGACUGACGCAACCCACGUGUAACUGUCAGCCGGGCCCUGAGUAAUCGCUUAAAGAUGUUCCUACGGGCUUGUUGCUGUUGAUGUUUUGUUUUGUUUUGUUUUUUGGUCUUUUUUUGUAUUAUAAAAAAUAAUCUAUUUCUAUGAGAAAAGAGGCGUCUGUAUAUUUUGGGAAUCUUUUCCGUUUCAAGCAUUAAGUAAGAACACUUUUAAUAAACUUUUUUUUGAGAAUGGUUACAAAGCCUUUUGGGGGCAGUAA